UUUGUUUGUUGUUUCUCUCGAUCGCCAGUGUUCUUUCCGUUUGCUUUUGCCGGCAUUUUUUUUACCAACACAUGCGCACAUUUAUGCUGUUGUUGCUUUAUGCUCAUAACAACCGAUCUCAACGGCAACGGCGGCAUACGAGGCUUGCUCAGCUGUCAAGUGUUGUUUUUACUACUCAUACACACGCAUCCAUGCAUAUACAAGUAUGUAUGCACACUUAUACUUGUAUGAAAACAAGUCGUCGCGUCGGUGUUUUUGCGCCGUCACUUGUGGCAAUUGUUUAUAUUUUCCAAUUCCCAACUGACAGUACGAUUGCCACUGCCGAAGUAAACGAAAGCAAGCACAGAGAGUGCCGGUGAGCGAUUUUAGCGCUAUAGUGUUUUGAUGAUCGUCGUUGUACGACCAAACAAUUCUAUACAAAAUACACAGACACAUACAUACCAAUUUAUUAACUGGCAAUCGCGGAUAUGUUGCCACCGGUUUUUUGUUACAUUUUAGCCACAAAGCCGUGAAUACAACGCGUUCGAUUUGAUUGAUCGCAUUUGUGAGCGUUAGUGUGUGUGUGUGCGAACGUUUGUACUUUUGCGCAUUAAUUGUUAUUUGGGCGCGUAAAGCGUUGGGUGUGCGUGCUUGUUGGUGUAAACUACUAAAUAGGCAAACUAUGCAACUUUCUAUGAAUCGUGCUUGGCGAUCGGUGCAUGCGAAUUGCAAAAUAAUUUGAAGAAAUAAUGAAAAACAGGUGUAAAAUGAAAAUAUUAUAUAUAAUAAAAUAAAGAAUUGUUUACAAUUAAUCAAGUGAUCGUACUAAGGCGGAAAAUUAUUUUUGGUGUAUCAAAAAAUUACUAUUUUUGUGGUGGAUAUUAGUUUCAAAUCAGCUACAAUUAACAUAUUUAAAGCUUGAAGUAAAUGAUUUUUUAGAAACAAAACGAUUGUUUAUAUAUACAUACAUACAUACAAACAUAUGUUUAUACUUAUGCUGGUGAAAAGUGCAUAUUUCAGUUGUAGUACAUACAUACAUACUGCACAGCUAUUCACAUGUUGCCGCGGAGGUGAAAGUGUGCGAAUAAACGUAAAAUUUGUUGAAAAGAAUUUCUUAAGGGAAAAUAUGCAAAAAUUAUUGUAGUGUAAAUAUAGUAAAAUAAAAACAGUAAAUCAAAAAUGAAUAUACUUACUAUAAAGCGGUGAAUUUGAAUUUGAUUAUUAUAAUAAAAACAAAAAUUAUAAAAAACUAGAAAAUAUAUCAAAAACUACAAACCUAAAAAUAAAUUUAACAAUUGAAAAAAAAACACAAAAAAAAAAAAAAAAUACCUACAUAGCUACAUACAUACAUAUAUUCAUACUCAAAGCCCAAGUUUAAUUUUGCUGUGUCAAAAAAUGAAAAUAAAAAAUAAGUGAAAAAUAAAAUAACAAAGUGAAAUAUAUAGUUAUAUACAGAGAUUUAAUUAAAGUGACUUAAAUAAAAAAGUGUUGUUUAUCUUUAUGCAGCAUUUGCAGCAAAAGUAAAAAAAAAUAAUAUUUAAAAAAAUAUAAUUUAUAAAUAGUAUAUUUUUUGUAAUAAAAAUUAUAAUUUUUUAUUAUAACAUCCAAAAAAAUUUAAAAUAUACAUACACAUUUGAAGUAAAAAUAUUGAGUUAAAUACAAGCGCUGUAUUUUAAUCAAAUUUGUAACGGUAAAAGUAAAAACCAUUAAACCGACAAAAAAUAAUUUAACCAGUGAGUGAGCGUCAACAGGCAAUAAAAUUAAGAAGAAACAUCCUGUUUGCAGGCGAUAAUGAGACAAGUUAUUUGUUGUGGUCAAAUUUAUUAAAUUUUCACAAAAACAAAAAAAAAAAAAAACAAAAACCAUAUAUAUGUACAAGAACAAAAAAGAUCCACAUUCACAGCAGUCUGCGGUUUAGAACGGAUUUAUCAGUCAGUUUGUGGUAUUAUUGUACUACACGAAAAAAGGUGUUGGCUUUCAAUUUUCAUCGAGUUGCUUAGUUAGCGAGUCAUCUCAAAAGCCAAAAAUGUCAUUUAUGAGAGCAAUUAAUCAAACGAAUCUUAACUAACUCUCUAUCUUUUAAAAAAAGUCUAUAUAAUGGCUUCACCAAUGACUUCAACGAUUUACCGCCAAACGGCAACACUUCAAAGCAAUGGCUUAUAUGCUGUCACGCCAACCAAACACUAUGCCAUGGGUGGUGUGCAAAACGCAAGUGAACGCAAUCGACUUAUGGAGCUGCUACGCGCGCCCAACAUACUAACUUCACCAACCUUGGAACCCUCUUCGAAGGGCUUACUAAAUGGACCCGGGCAAAAUAAUUGCUUCCUUAAUUGUGCGGUGCAGGUCUUAUGGCACUUGGACGCCUUUCGUCGUUCUUUUCGCACCCUCAAUCAUCACAUUUGCUGCGGUCAAGAUUGUAUAUUCUGUGCGCUGAAGGAACUUUUCCAACAACUACAGACCAGCUCCGAACCGGCUCUAUGUCCGGAGCCUUUGCGUCGCGCCUUGGCUAGUGGUCCGCUAGCUGGUCGCCGCUUUCCGCUCGGCUGCCUCGGCGAUGCGGCCGAGUGCUUUGAAUUGCUUUUGCAUCGUGUGCAUUCGCACAUUUCACCGGAUGAUGGCGACGCUUGCGAGUCGCAGGCGUGUGUGGCACAUCGUCGCUUCGCAAUGCGCGUCAUCGAGCAGAGCGUGUGCAAGUGUGGCGCCAAUUCGGAGCAAUUGCCAUUCACACAGAUGGUACACUAUGUCUCGGCAUCAGCGUUGACUUCACAAAAUAGUUUGGCAUUGCAAAAUCAUCAACAACUCACAUUUGGUCAGCUGUUACGCGCCGCCGGUAAUAUGGGUGACAUCAGAGAUUGUCCGAAUUCUUGUGGCGCUAAAAUUGGCAUCUGUCGCGCGCUGCUCAAUCGUCCGGAUGUCGUUUCGAUUGGCAUCGUGUGGGACUCCGAACGACCUGCCGCCGAUCAAGUGCAUGCUGUACUCAAGGCUAUCGGCACCAGCUUACGUCUAUCGGACGUCUUCCAUCAGGUUGCCGAACAUCGAUGGGCACAAAAUGCACAACAUGAAUUGGUCGGCAUUGUCUCGUAUUAUGGUAAACACUAUACGACAUUCUUCUUUCACACCAAACUCAAGGUUUGGGUGUACUUCGAUGAUGCAAAUGUGAAGGAGGUCGGUCCCAAUUGGGAAGGUGUUGUCGACAAAUGCAGUCGUGGACGCUACCAGCCGCUGCUGCUACUCUACGCUGUGCCACAGCCACCUUCAGGCGGCACACAAUUCGCGCCGGAGAUCACACAAUCCACGCUUAUACGACGCGCCAUAACACCGAGCCCCAUGACGCCGGAGAAACCGAACUUGGGCAAUACACGUCGUGCCAUCACACCAACACCGUUGCGCUCGCCCAACGACUAUCAGAAUUUGAGCGUUAUACAAAAGAAUAUCUUUGCUGGCGCUACUGUGCCUGCAAAAACCAGCAACAACAAUGCAAACAAUACCAACAACAGCAAUGAUGAAACCGAUGCUUACAUACGCCGCAAGACGGUGGAGCACGUGCUGAAUGCACAGCAAUAUCAGAAUUUGAGCGUUGUGCAGGAUAAGAUCUUCGCCAACAAUAACGGUAACGGCACGAACGCGCAAACACCCGAGGAGAAGGAUGGCGAUACAUUGGCGCACAAGAUCGGCAAAGUACUUAAUGCGCAGAUGGUGCGUAAAUAUCAUCUACAGUUGCAACGUAGUCAGAGUGCUGAGUCGGGACAUGUCAGCGGUGGCUCUUCGAAUGGCUCUUCACCGCCCAGUGAUGGUCUGACUAUGCCAGAUCACUUGAAUCAACCGCGACGUCGUGACUCGGGCAACUGGUCGGGUGAUCGCAAUAGCGCAAGCUCCGCCUCAUCCACGACGCUGGAUAACCCCUAUCUCUACAUGGUGGGCAAACGUAAUCCGCCCGCAGUGCCACAAAGUCCCACACGCAAUGGUUUGCCUUACGAUCCUGGUUAUGAUUCGUUCUCGUUGAGCUCAACCGAUUCAUAUCCACCGAAGCAUCAUUUGAAUCCACAACUCGCGAAGAUACCCGAGACUGCUGCUUCAACCAUGCUUACGGGCGAUUGCGAAAAGCUGUGUCACGAAGCCGAUCAGCUUUUGGAGAAAUCACGUCUCGUCGAGGAAUCACAUGAUCUGGAGACUGCGCUGGUGCUCUGCAAUGCCGCCGCUGGACGCGCACGCGCCGCAAUGGAUGCGCCCUAUAGCAAUCCGCACACCAUGACAUUCGCACGCAUGAAACACAACACAUGCGUGAUGCGUGCGCGCAGCUUACAUCGUCGCAUCUUAGUAGAGAAGGGCGCCGAUAUGGAUGCCAUGCCCGAGAUGAAGCAUAUGCGUGAGGGCAGCAACAGCAGUGUGAAGCAUGUGCGUCAAAAUAGCAAGGAUAAAACAUUGGACAAGUUGCCAAUGCAGGCAAAUACAACUGCAACAGCUGCAGCGACCUCAGCAGCCAACAAAAGCAUUGAGAUCUAUGCAACGCUGCCGAAGAAGAAGAGUCCGCUGAAGGCGCUAGCCGCCGCUGUGGGCAACGACGACAACGCCAUCGAGUACGAGCCAGCCGCACCUGUUGUCACGAAGCCGGAGCGUGAGAGUCGCUUAAUCUUUGGUCGUAGUAGCAGCAAAUCGGAGAAAGAGAAACGCAGUCGCAGUGAAGAUCGCAAUAAACUGACACGUGAGUUUUCGUUGACGGAAACUUUGUUGGUAAACGCCAAGGAUACGCUGAAGAAACACAAAGAGGACAAGGAUGAGAAGAAGGAGAAGGAUAAAAAUGGCAAGAAGCAGCACAAGAUACGACGCAAGCUUUUAAUGGGUGGACUUAUAAGACGAAAGAAUCGCUCUAUGCCUGAUUUGACCGAAGCCGGCGAUGACGCCGCCAACCAGAAAGAGGUGCCCGCACCAUUGGCCACUUCAGUGGACGACAGCUCAGUCGGUUUGAAUGGUAAGAAUGGCAUGAGUGGCUACAUUUCCGAGGGACACUUCGACUACCGUGACUCGAACAAUGCAAAUCCGAAUUUAGAGCGCAGCAAAUUGAUGCGCAAGAGCUUUCACGGUAGCGGACGACAAUUAACUGUGGUCGCUAAGGUGGCGCCACCACCACCCAUGCGUACAAGUUCAGCGCUGACACCACAGCAAUUGCAGCAACAGCUAGCACUACAGCAACAGCAGGACGCUGCGGUGUUGCAACAUUUCCACCACGAAGCGAAUCUCUCCAACGUUUCGGUUAUGAGUUCCAACACCUCAAUCAGCGAGGACUCCUGCCAGACCAUUAUUACAACGUGCGCGCAGGUUCACAACGAACAGAGUCCGCCGAAGGACACCUUGUAUCAGACAACAAAUGGUGUGGCACAAUAUCAGCACUAUAACGGUUUUGUUGCCACCGCAGUCGAUUUGGGUCGAGAUGAAGUCGAUAUACCAGCUGGCGCCAGUAACGGUAAUACCAAUGGCAACGUUAAUAGCAACGCUGCCAGUAAUUCGGCCGAAGCACCACUCGAACUACCGCCAUACCCGAGUCCACCACAAUCGGUUUGCCAUUCGCGUCAAGCCAGCGAAGAUUUCCCACCACCACCGCCGGAGAUCGAUCUUGAACCGCUGAAUCACCAAAUCAGCCAACUGCAAGUGCUCGAAGCAAACAAGCAGCAGCGCAGCAUGGAGACGCUCGAGGGCACCACCAGCAUUUUGGCACAACUGCAGCAACGGCAUCAACUCAUGAAACUACGAAAAGAGCAGGCCACACCCACCUGUGAACCUACAAAUUGGCUGAAAGAGUUGCAGGCCAAGCAAACUGAUCUCAGAAAUGCCCAACAGCGUGCCACCACAGACUCACCAAUCGUACAGCUGACGCAACAAUCGUCGAAUGGCGUACGCGAACUCGCGAACCGUUUCGAACAAUCGAAAGCAAACGCGGCUGGUGAACAACCACCACUACGUUCUUACUCAUCACAGGAGCUACUGAACGCCAACAAAACCACGAUACGCACUCAAAUGAAUGGACUGCCGCCAGCGCUGUUGUCACUCAAGGGCGAAUCGGAUGAAGUGGACUGCGCGCCGCAGCGCCUGCAACGUCUACCGGCACAUCAGGUGCUGCCUAAGCCGAAAUACGAAGUGCCACAGUCGCAGAUCGCCGAAGAGCUGCGCGAAGUUGAGAUGCUCAACACAAUGGUUCAGCAAACGCUGAACAAUACGCAGGUAGCACAGCAGCAACAACAGCAACAAAUGCUACAACCACAACAAGGCGCGCAACAGAACGGCGCCGCGGCUGCAGCCACCGCGUUACCCAAACGCGUCAAGAAGAAGAGCGUUUCAUUCUGCGAUCAAGUAAUACUUGUGGCGACGGCAGACAAUGAGGAGGACGAUGACUUCAUACCGAAUCCGAUUUUGGAGCGCGUCUUGCGUACAGCGCAAAACCCCAACGAAAAGGUGAGCGCGCAGCUCAUACAACAACAACAGCAGAAUAUGAUACGUUUGCCGACAGAGGCGCAACCGCGCAUAGUGCAACCGCUGCCAACACCAGUACAACCACAACAACAACAGCAUCUUCAACUACAACAUCAUACGCAACCACAAUUGCCGGCAUCGUUACCAUUGGCGCAGCCGUCGCCAAUGUUGAGUAACGAUCGCCGCCCCUUGCCGCUACAGGGUCAAGAUAUGCAACGCUAUGUACAGCUGCAACGUCCACAACUCGAAGCGCUGCGUCAGCAGCAGCAGCAAAUUCAACAGCAACAGCAGCAGCAGCAAGAGCAGCGCCAACAACAACAAUCCGCCAUACCAUAUAUGCAAGCGGGGCAGGUGUACACACCCAUGCAGGAUAUUUAUCGCAUGCAGCACCAGCAACAACAACAGCAGCAACAGCCGCAGUAUGCUACGCAGCUGACGUCAGCGCAUCAGCAACACGCACUGUACGAUGAGCGCAUGCAUGCCAACAACAACAGCAGCAACAAUCAUGCAUUGCUUGCCGCGCGCACGAGCAUGAGCGGCAUCGCUAAUGUUGCCACGCAGCAACAUAUGCAGAUGCUAGCAGCUCAACAGCAGCAGCAACAACAUCAACAUUUAGAUGCACAAUCCAGUUAUGUGAGCAUACCGCGUUCGCACGUUAACCAGCAGCAACAGAGCUACUCAGUGCAACUGCAAAAGCACCAACAGCUUUUGCAACAACAACAGCAGCAACAGCAACAUCAACAACUGCCAACUACUAAUGGCUACUAUCCCGGCGUGCCAGGUUUGGACACUGCACCACUACCCUCACCCUACCAGCGCGUACCGCUCCCACACGGCUAUGCCAGCGAACAAUUCCCAUCGCCUACCCUCAAUAACAUGCCAAAACCGCAACAUCCCUACCCCUCACCCACCACAGCCAUACACAAUUCCAAUGCCGCUCCCUCACCCUACUUCCCCGUGCCGCAAAAUGCCGUUGUCGCGCUAGCCAACACCCAACCGCAGCACACCAAAGCGUCGCACCAGAAGAAGGUCAGCUUCGAGCCCGGCACCAAAGGCGAAACGGACUCACUAUGCAAUGGCAGCAACAACCACAGCAGCAGCGCCAGCAAUAUGACAGCAGCGUUACCACCGAAACCGUUGGGCCUCAGCGCCGCCACAGCCAACAGCAAUGCCGCUGCAGCGCAACAGAACGGUCUGCCGCCAGUGAUGUUGGACAGCAGCGUCAAUGUGACCGCCAUACCGACACGCGUCUACAACAACGCUAUCGUCAAGGCAUCCGCCAAAGCGGUGGAGUGCAAUCUGUGUCGAAAGCGUCACGUGAUCGCGCCCGCCGUCUACUGCACCAACUGUGAAUACUACCUACAGAUGUUGAACAGUCGUCGAUGAGACGCGUCCGCCAUGAACUACCGCGUUGGCAAGCGCGCUCUCAGCGCUAUGAGCGGUUUGAAGCGCCGCGCUGUUAAUAAGCAAUAAUCGCCGGGCGAAUUUUGUUUUGCAUUUCACUAGCGUUAAGCAUUUAUUGCAUUAAUUAUAAACAUAGAACUUAGUGCUUAAAUAAUUCAUAAAAUAGUUGUACAAUUAGACUUUAAAUGGAAUUAUGAAAUCUCAAGCAAAGCUGCCGUACAUUGCAGUUCAAGUGCAAUUUGUUAGAAAAUAAAUGAUGAAGCUUAUUGCUGACAGUAAUACAGGUAAGUAUUAACUCAUACUUACAAGAGCUUACAAACACAUCUACAUGCUUGCAUAUAUACAUAAAUAUACUUUGAACUGUGGCACUUGAAGUAUCCUUUUCACUUCCUUUUGGCAUAUGCUGCUAAUUUCUAACCACAAAAAUUAAAAAAAAAAUUGUACGCAAUUACUUUAUGGUUGUACAUAAAGAAGAAUUGGCAUGCACAUAAAUACCAUAUAUGAAACUGAAAAUUAAAAAAAAAAAACGAAAAUUCGUUUUGAACUCCACAUUUUAGAAAAGCUUUUAGUCCUUGACUACACAAAAGAAAUGAAUAACUCUUCCACUUCGUUUAACAAACUAGUUAGUGCUUGUAUUUUACAUACACACACAUUUAUGCUUAUAAUUUUUAUUCAUAUAUAUACAAACAUACAUACAUUUAAAAAUAAAAUUCAUGAAAAUCUCAUAAAUUAAAUCCAUAUAUAAAUAUACUUGUAUUUAUAUACAUAUAUAUAAUUAUUUAAUAUACUUAUGCAUACAUAUCUACAUAUAUUAAGCGCUAGAUUACUACAUCUAUAUUUCUUAAAAUUAGUUUUUAUUUUGCAAUCGUUUGGUUGUGUGUGUGUGGCUGUCGAACGGCCCAUACACCUGCAUUCGUAUGCGCUUCACAAAGUAGUUUUACUUUAUUUUUACCAUUAAACGCUAUUUUUACUUUAUUAUACAUAAUUUUAUUAUAUUUGCUAAUUACUUUUUAUUAUUAUAUUUUUAAAGUUUCCACAUCCAUAAGUUUUAUAAUGUUUUUCCCACACAGAAAAAAUGAGCAGACGAAAAAAACCGCUACCGCUGCAAAGCAACAACAAUAAUUUGCCUAAUAAAUAAAUAAAUAAAUAAUAUCUUUUUUACAGAUACAAACAA